UGUCAUUCAAACCUUAUACGCUCAUAUAUCCUUUAGUUAUACCUUAAUUUUCUUUAUCUUUUAUAGCUGAAUUGUAUUUUGAAUACAACUACCAAAUAUUUUUAACGAAAAUUCAAACAAUACGAAGAUGAAGAUCGAUUGGAUUACAUUACUUGGCUAUGGAAUCGUUUUCUGGAUGUUCCUUUACAUCACAGACCUUUUCAAAGCACCCUCAAGUACAAUGAGAACCUCCGAAGAAGUAGAAGAUCUUUGUGAAAAACCCGACCGAAAUCAACCACAAUUCAGUGCAAGUCAACUAUCCUGGACAAUGUUUAUGGUAAAUUCGAGCUCGCUAUUAGUUAUUGUGAUCAUCAUAUUAUUCAUAAUGGUUAUUAUUACAAUAAGCCGGAUAGCCUGGAAUAUAUUAUCAAAAGUUGGAGAAAAAAUGAAGAUCGAAUUUAAAACAGAGGACAAAGAAAUGCUUCGUCUACAAAAUUUUUCGAUUAAAGAAAAUUCAUAUUUAACCAGAAAGUUAGUUGAAGUGCUUGAAGAGAAAACUAAAUUGAGUAAACAAAUAACAGUUCUGACAAAUGAAAAUAGGGAUAUCAAAACACAAAAUACAUAUGUGUUCCGACAGAAUGAAGCCCUAACAGAAGAAUUGGACAUUGCUAAAAUAGAGUGUCAAUCUUUGUUAGAGAGAUCGCAAGCUACAGAGGCUAAAUUUAGAGAAUUCAGUCGAAUAUUAGACGAACACAAGGAAAUAGAAAAUAAGAUACUUGGUUUGGAUCUUACUUUGGAUACUGAAGUUGUUAAAUUGACCAACAGCCUCUCCAAAUUGCUCGAUGGAGGGCAGCAAACAUUAUCAUCUGAACUUGAAUACAGUACUGAGAGUAGUGAGCAGUUACCAGAAAUAGAUGAUAAGAAUGAUAAUUGUGUGUUAAAGAGUUUGGACAUGCCUUGUGAACAGAAUAAAAAAAAACCUUCUACUCGAUGCUCAGAUGCCAAUCUAAAUGCAGUCACAGAAUCAGAAAUGGAUUUACUGGAAAAAUUGAAAGGAGUGGAAGAACGUUUUGGAGUUUCAAUCUUGAACAGUAAAUAUUUGGACCACUCAACAUUACAGGCCAUCCAUUCCAAUACCGAUCAAAGUCAGGAAAAACUAGAAGAAUUGGAAAUAAACGCUAAAGGUUCAACCAUGGAUAGUAGUGAACAAUAUGGCAUCCCAAUAAAUUCUGGAAGUUUGACCACAAUAUAUGAAGAAUCUGACGGCUCGACAUACGAAACCUUGGAGUCCGCAAUCAGUAUUUCUGGAAACUCCAAUGAUGCUCCAAAUACCACCCAAAGCCAGGUACAAAUCAAUUUAAAAAAUUCAACCAGUGAUGAAUAUGAAAAAUCAAGUCAUGAAAUCUUGGAGUCCAAAAUGAAAAUUUCUAAAAGCUCCACCGAUGCUCUAAAUAACAAAGAAAGCAAAACAAAAAUGGAUUUAAGAAAUUCAACCACAAUUAUUAGUGAUGAACAUGACAACGCAAGCUAUGCAACUUUCGAGUCCGCUGUCACAAAUUCUGGAAACAUACCCAAUGCUCUAAAUACCAACCAAACCCAGAGCAAGAUAACACUUACUAGAAACAACAGCGAGUGGGAGACACAAAGUAGUGAAUCCAGUCCCGAAACACUUUGUUUGUAUGAGAAAUUUGUAGCAGUAACUAGAAAAUACAUUAUCGAACCUCCAAAGAUCCAAGAUACACUGAGCGUUACCCUGCCGAAGCACUUGGGCAACAUGAGGAAUAGAUUAACUACUACUGACAAAUUCGGCCCAACAACACAAUUAGUACAAGAACCUAAGGGACUAGUAAGCAGUUCUAUAGCUUUUGAAAACUUUAUGAAAAAACUAAAUGAAUUUGAUGCUCCAUAGAAAAAUUC